ACAGGGGAAUUGUGCCCAAGGCUUGAGCCGCCCCCCUCAAAACGCCAACGCACAUAAGGCAGUUCAAGCUGUAAUUGCACAAUCAGCCUGUCCCUGUCCAAAGUUUACUUUCUCAGAUGAACAAGGAAAGUCAGCACUUAAAGUCUUUCUUAUGUGCCUGGAAUAAAAGCACUGCACGUAGUGGCUGAUCUGUCUGCUUCCUCACUGUCACCCAUGGAGGUUUUCAGCAUUCUUCUGCUGGUUUCUUUCGUGUUGUAUCUUUUCUGGAAUACCACUCGUUCCAAACAACUCCCCCCAGGACCAAGGCCGUUGCCUCUGAUUGGAAACUUGUUGCAGGUUGACUUGCACAACCCUCUGAAGGACUUGGAUAAGUUAGCACAAACAUAUGGCCCUGUCUACAGUUUGCAAAUGGGAGGAUUUCUUGUUGUGAUUGUUCAUGGAUUUCCACUGGUGAAAGAGGUCCUUGUUACAAAAGGAACAGAAUUUGCUGGAAGACCACAUAGCCCUAUCUUAGAGGUCAUCACAAAGAGAAAAGGCAUAAUUUCUGUGCCCUAUGGGCAAGCAUGGAAGGAACAGCGAAGAUUUUCACUGAUGGUUCUCAGGAAUUUCGGACUUGGCAAGAAAGCAGUGGAGGAAAAGAUCCUGGAUGAGGUUGCUUACUUGAUGCAAAGCUUUGAGGAAAACAUAAAGGAGCCUUUUGAUCCCUUCCGUUUCAUCGACAGCUCAGUGACCAACAUUAUCUCCAUCCUACUUUUUGGAAAGCGCUUUGGAUACAAUGAUAACUCCCUGAGAAAUGUCUUAGACCUGGUGCAUCAGAAUAUGAAAUUGGUCGGUGGAUUCUGGGCGCAGCUUUACGAUGCGGUGCCAUUGGUGAGGUGGCUUCCUCUACCGCACCGGACUAUGUUCAAGAAUGCAGAGAAGAUCACUGCCUUCUUGUCAAAAGAGCUGGAAGAGCACAGAGCGACACGUGUUCCUGGAGAGCACCGUGACUACAUUGAUGCGUAUUUGGAAGAAAUGGAAAAGCCAGAGAAUAAAGGAUCAAGUUUUGAAGAAGAAGUCCUGAUGAAUAUACUGACCGAUCUGUUUGUUGCUGGAUUGGAGACAACCUCAUCAACACUUCUGUGGGGUUUGCUCUACAUGACGAUGUUCCCAGAGGUUCAAGAGAAAUGUCAAGAGGAACUCCAUGCUGUUUUCGGAAAUAAUCCGUGCAUCGAGUACAAAGAUCGGGACAAGCUUCCAUACAUAAAUGCUGUCAUUCAUGAGACCCAGCGCUUUGCAAAUGUGGUACCCCUCGGAGUCCCUCAUGCACCUAUCAAAGACGUGCAGCUUUUGGGUUAUACAAUCCCCAAGGAAACCACAGUUAUAACCAACCUCAUUUCUGUACACCGCGACGAGUCUCAGUGGAAGUACCCGCAUGAAUUCAACCCUUCCAACUUCCUGAAUGAGGAAGGAGAGUUUGUGCAGCCCGAAGCCUUUCUAGCUUUCUCAGCAGGUCCAAGGGUAUGCUUAGGGAUGAACUUGGCUCGUAUGGAACUGUUUCUCUUUUUCACCAGCAUUCUGAGAAACUUCCAGAUGGUGUGGCCAGAUGAAUCAAAGGCACCAGACCUGACACCCCAGUAUGGGAUCACCCUGUCUCCGCCACCUUUCAAAGUGGCACUGAAAUGUCGCCGGGAAACAUGAACUUUACUAAGUGGGGUUUGGAUUAUUUAGGACCUGUGUAGUGAGUUGGUUGAGUGUGUCCGGCUCUACUAGAGCACCAUUAACUCAAGUUAUAAAAGCAGACAGCUAUGUAUAUAUAAUUCUAGUAUCUUGCAUGCUUUCAAUUUUUGUAUCCUAUUUGGGUCUAAA